AUGUUCGUAGCCGACUACGUCCACUGCCUCUGCAUCCCGCUGUGGCUCAAACCUCAAGAGUUCCGACGCAAGUUCAACAUUCGCGGUAAUGGCUGCACCGACUGUCUGGCCAGCUACUUCUGCCAUUCUUGCGCACUGUCGCAACUGAAUACGGAGCUCAAGGCUAGGGCUGAGCAGCCUCAGAUCGAGGCCAAGGAGGCGCCGAUGGGUUAUGUUCAACCAGCACCACCGCACGGGAUGAUGUACGUGCCGCCUUUGUAG